GAGAGAGAGUAUAAAAGCAGCAGUCAGACUUCAGCAGCUCUGAACUUGUGUUGAGACUGAACGGAUUAAAAACCAACAGAGAAAAAGACAAAGUGUUUUUUCUUCUUCCUCUCUAACGCUGGAUGAUGAUGAAGAUGAUGAAGAUGAUGAAGAUGGGAACGAUUUGGAUCUGUGGAUGAUGGAGAUGGAGAGGUCGCUUUGCGCGCACUUUUAUCCUCAUUUACUGGAUGUUUAAGUUGAUGAAAUAGUGUAAAAUGUGAAGAUGAAGAUGAAGAGGAGGAGGCAGAAAUGCUUUUCUGUGGCAACACCUUCAGUCUGAUUGUUGGAUAGCUGCUGGUGCUGAUGCUGGAGAUGCUGGAGAUGGAGAUGCUUUUCUUUCGGGGUUACAAGAGAUGGACGGUGGAUGAGUGUGUGAGUGUUUUCAGGCUGAUCUGCAGGUUUUCCUUCCAGCAGCUUAAUGACAUCUGAUGAGGAGAGGAAGGUGGAGGGAUGGAGAUGGAGAGUGAGCUCAAACCUGGAGAGCUGUUGCUGAACAUCUCCACCACCAACUACACUCAUGCAAACUUCACGUCCAAAGAGGAGGAGGAGGACCCUACCCUGGCUCUCCAGUCGGGUCUGGCCGUGACCUUAGCCGUGACCUUAGCCCUCAUCACUCUGGCCACGACGCUCUCCAACGCGUUCGUCAUCGCCACCAUCUACCAGUCCAGGAAGCUGCACACGCCGGCCAACUUUCUGAUCGCGUCGCUGGCCGUCACCGACCUGCUGGUGUCCAUCCUGGUGAUGCCCGUCAGCGCAAUGUACACGGUGAGCCAGACCUGGACGCUCGGACAGGUGUUGUGCGACAUCUGGCUGUCCUCGGACAUCACCUGCUGCACCGCGUCCAUCCUGCACCUGUGCGUCAUCGCGCUGGACCGAUACUGGGCCAUCACGGACGCGGUGGAGUACACCAAGAAGCGCACCGUGAGGCGCGCUGCAGGGAUGAUCGCCACCGCCUGGGUGAUCGCCAUCUCCAUCUCCCUGCCGCCGUUCUUCUGGAGGCAGGUGAAGGCGGAGGAGGCGGUGACGACGUGCAACGUGAACACGGACCACAUCUUCUACACCAUCUACUCCACGUUCGGCGCGUUCUACAUCCCCACGCUGCUGCUCAUCGCGCUGUACGGGAGGAUCUACGUGGAGGCCAGGAAGCGCAUCCUGAAGCAGCAGAAACACAACAAGAACAGGCCCGGGAAGAGGCUCACCUCCGCGCACCUCAUCACCGACUCCCCCGGCUCCUCCUCCCUGAACUAUGGCACCAACGACACCACCUCCUCCUGUGACACUACCUCCGUCAACCAACUCAAGGUCACCGUGUCCGACGUCAAGGUCACCGUGUCCGACGCGCUAAUGGAGAAGAAGCGCAUCACCGCCGCCAGAGAGAGGAAGGCGACCAAAACUUUGGGAAUAAUCCUGGGAGCCUACAUCAUCUGCUGGCUGCCGUUCUUCAUCUACACUCUCCUAGUGCCUGUCUGCGAGUCCUGCUUCCACCCGGAGCUAUUUGACAUCUUCACCUGGCUGGGUUACCUCAACUCUUUAAUCAACCCCAUCAUCUACACCAUGUCCAACGAGGACUUCAAGCGGGCUUUCCACAAACUAAUUCGGUUCAGAUGCUGCAGGGCGUGAAGGACAAGUGAUUCUUUUAAAGGGACUGUUUGUAACUUUCAGAAAUGUCUUGUUAACAGUGACACCUGUGGCCGUUAAGUCGAC